UGAUCGAAACAACACGUGACAUGAGGUAUUGAGAAAUAAAGCUCCCUCCGGGUAUAACAUCGGCCAGUCGUUCAUCCCUUCUUCUGAGUGGCGGUUCAGUGUAAUGAAGAUAAAAUGCAAAUGGGAACUGCCUGCGUUCUGCUCCUGUGGCUGCAGACACUGACCUUCGUGAAAUGUCAGGAAUGCACUCUUCAACAGUUUAAAGAAAGUCCUGACUACGAUUCAAACUUCAACACCACUGGUCUGGAUGAUGUCUAUAGUGCUGGGAAACAAGUGGAGGUUCCCUGCAUCCCUGGUUACUCCGGCUUUUUCAAGCUGGUCUGUGUGGAAGGAAACUGGCAAGCUAGAGGCUCAAAAUGCCAACCGACGUCAUGCGGUCACCCUGGCAACGCCCGGUUCGCUGAUUUCCAUCUAGAGAAUGGAGAUGGUUUUGUCCUUGGCUCAAAGGUUGUGUACACCUGCUACAGAGGCUUUCAAAUGGUCAGUUGGACAAACUACCGUCACUGUGCGGCAGACGGCUGGGAUGGUGUCCUUCCAGUGUGCGAAGUCCAAAAAUGUGCGCUCAUUCAUGUGAACUCUAACGUUGAGGUGAUUGGGGAUAUGACACAAGCAACCUUUGGCAAUGUACUUCGAUUUACUUGCAAGUCCAGCAAUGAAGUCUUAAUUGGACCAUCUGAGAUUUAUUGCAAUGAAAAUGGAGAAUGGAGCGACGUCGUCCCAGAAUGCACAGGGAUAACAUGUGAGACCCCAGAGAUUGAACACGGGAGUGUUCGCGAUGCUCCUCGUGAGUACAGAGAAAAUGAAAUCCUGAAUUUUGAUUGCAACAGUGAUUAUAAACGCGUAGAUAAAAGGCUUCCAAGAUGCACUAAAGUGGGAGGAAAAGCAACAUGGAGCCCUACACCUGGAUGUAAAGUAAUAUCAUGUGAACUGGAAUUGCAGACAGCUGGAGGAACAAUACAUAUUCCUCCCAACCAAAAUUACUUUUUACCUGGGAGCACGUUACAAGUCGUAUGUGGGCAGAGGUACUGGAUCGUGGACCCCCAAACAACCACAGCAGAAGUUAGCUGCAACAGCAAUGGAGAGUGGAACAUCAGGCCAUUCUGCAAAGAGGUUAUAUGCAGCGAUCCACAAGAAUAUGCUGUGGAAAGGUUUGCUGCUGCAUCCUGGGCAGGAAGAAAAUUAGGUGACACUGUUCCAUAUUCAUGUAGACGAGGCUUUGACAAACCAAGCAGCACCACCAUGGCCAUCUGCACCAGAGCUGGAUGGAGACCAAGUCCACUUUGUCAAAGUUAGUCCUGAGGAACUACCCUUCAGCUCAGACCUCCAACUAAUCGAAGCCGGCCAAGCGGCCAUCAACGAGUCUGGUUCAGCUGGAGGUCCAGCCUGUUAGUUUCUUUUUGAAUUUGUACUUUACAAAUAAAAAUGAAAAGAAU